AUGUCGUCUGGGUCAUGUAUUUUCGGCGUCGAUGACAUAGCAAAUGUUUUGGAUCAACCACAUCUCGUCGCUCACAAGCUUUACAUUGACUUUGAACCAGCGGCAUACUUCUGUGGGUUAAAGGCUAUACGAUCGCGAGAAGGCAGGCCUCUGGAACUGAACAUCACACCUUACGGAGAACUCCCACAAGUCGAGUUGAGCGCUGGUGUCUCUUUCGAGAACCUCACACACCCUUUAUGGCUAUUCUAG